AUGAAGUUUUUCAUUUUCUUUACGAUUCUGAUUACGAUUUCCAAAGCUAUAUCAGAUUCCUUGCUAACCGGUACUUAUGAUCCCAACUCUACUGUUCUGAUAAAUGAAAGACGUGACAUCAAGGAAAUAGACGUUCUUCGACAGAUCAUCAACCAAGAAACUCUCAUCCGCUUAGGUGUAGUCAAAGAUGUUAAGUCUUUAAUGGAGGAUGUGAAGCGAAGAAUGGAACCUAUUGAAACAAUGGUCUCUUCCUUGGAGCAGACGGUAGAAACAUUGAAAUAUCAGGUUAAUACUAUAACUCAGGAAAAUAAUAGGAAUGCCUUCAUCCCUCAGGGGAGACUACAAGAAUGGGAUCAGAUGAUUAAAACAAUGAAUGAAAACAUAACCGAUAUUUAUGAAUAUCUAACCACCGGGAAAGGCGAUCCAAAAACGGAGGAGCGGAGUAGUGGACUUUAA